AUGCGGCUGCUUCUUGAACUCUGUCUGUUGUCCUGGAUGCUCGAAGAAUGCGAAUCGAAGCCACUGACUCUAGUCUGCAAUGCGAUCUACAGCUUCGAAAUUCGGGUGCCCAUUAUUUGGCCGGAUGAGUGUCGAAAUCCUGAAAAUUUGACUAUUGUGCAGUGCAAAUUUGUGCGAGUUAUCCCGCUUUCGGAAGACGUACCUGCCGAAAUAACCAUCACAUGUGAAAGUUUACCUGCAAAAAAUCGGAAUUUCAUUGAUUGGUCAGAAGAAGACCAUUGCUACUAUAUAAUAGCAACGAAUGGUACCAUUUAUCAGACCUGUACCUGCUCUAGUCAUUUCUGCACCGAUUACAUUUAUCAGCCGUCGCUACAAGAACUGACAUUCAUACGGGCCUCUGUGAAUCCGUUUUGGAUUAUGAGUGACAUCUCGCCGUCUGCAAUCGCAUUCAUGUUCGCUAUGAUAUUCGCCAAUCUACUCAUCUUCGUUAUUGUUUUUGACGACAUCACCUAUCUCUACUUGUUCAUUUGUGUUUAUUUCGCUGGGUUUCGUGAUUCGCGCUAUGUUUUACGGCAAAAGCGGCAAAAGCUGUGGCAAAUGGAGGAAUUGUUGAAAGAUUAC